AUGAGCACGAAAAAGGGAUGCAUGAAAUGUCCUUCCAAGGUCGACCCUAGUACCACUAGAAGAACAAGUCAAUCCCAACCUCCACCUUCUUCCUCAAGAAGCAGAGGUCCAGGAUGUGCUGUCAAAUGCGCACCCAAAUCAGGAGCGAACUCUCCUCUGCCACCCCAGUACUUCCCAACGACCCCAGGUGAAACUCCUCAAUGGCCACCAAUGCGGCAAUCUUUUCCUCGUGAAGUGCAGCAAUUUCAAUACAAUGAAAAUUUCUUCGACCCCAAUAGACCUGCAAUGCAAUCUCGAAACCUUGUGACGGGAGGAACUUCGAUGAGAUUAUCGAGAAAUUCGCAACCAAGGAUGUCAGUGGAACAACCGAUUGCAGAGUACCCACCAAGUUCUAUACCUAGGCCCUACUCUGGGCAGACAGUACGACCUACUACAGCCCAAGCACCUCAGAGAGUCCUACCCCCUCAAAGAGCUGAGCCACCGAGGUAUUCUGGAAUACCUCAGAGAAUACCUACACCUAGACCACUUACUCCCAGAGCCCCCACAACACCACAGGUUAGACCAACCGGGGCUAUUCGGAAAGUCCCAGGAGUGGCAAUGCGUAUCCCAGUGAGAACUCCAGAUACUCCCUCCAUACGAGAAAGUCAACCAAGACGACAGAGACCUGUUUCUGCACCAGCUCCUGCACCUUCUCGACCUGUCGCUGCACCAGCUCCCCAACCUGUCGCUGCACCAUCUCCUCGACCUGUCACUAGUCAACAAGUUGCCAGGCCACAAGUAGCCAGGCCACAAGUAGCCAUGCCACAAGUAGCCAGGUCACAAAUACCCAGGCCACAGGCUGGACCAGCUUUUGAUGAAGAGGAUUCGCUACAAGAGUUCGAGAGAUUGGAAGAAGAAUGCAAGAGAGAGGCACUGGCAGAUAUUCAGGCAAAUCGUGUUCAAGUAUUGAAUGUGCAAACUACCUCUAACCAGGUUGCCAAUAUUCCUAAUGCUGUUCAUCUGAGUGUAAUUGCUCUGGACGGUAGCUAUGCUACUCCACAAGCUUCUAGAGGCGCACCUGUGGGAUACGCAACUUCCGUUCGAGAACUUUUGAAUCACCAAUGGAAAAAGUCACGUGAUAUCUGGUCACCUGAAAAUUAUUACUCGCAACCAAGCAGACAGUCACCACCUCGUCCCCAAACAACAGCUGAGCCUGCAUUUCCACCUGAAAAUUUGAUGAACUACGGUUUCAUAGAAGACGAGACCAUUGAUUAUCCUGCCAGCCCAGAUCUGAACACUGGAUUUAUGCAAGAUAGGCCAAGCGCUCCCCCUCCUAGUCCAGGACUGAACUACGGUUUCAUAGAAGACGAGACCAUUGAUUUUCCUCCUAGUCCAGGAAUGAACUACGGUUUCAUAGAAGACGAGACCAUUGAUUUUCCUGAUAGCCACGAACUAAACUGUGGUUUCAUUGGGGACGAAAGCAUGGGCUUCCCACCAAACCAGAACUUGGAUUAUGGGUUUAUUGAGGACGAGAGUAUGGAAUUUCCUGGUAGCCCUGGUUUGGACUAUGGCUUCAUUGAAGACGAGAGUAUGGAAAUCCCUGGUAGUCCUGGUUUGGACUAUGGUUUCAUUGAGGACGAGAGUAUGCAAUUCCCUGCUAGUCCUGGUUUGGACUAUAGUCGCAUUGAGGACGAAAGCAUGCCUGAUUAUGUUAUGCGUGGUCAAUCUAUAGACUAUCCUUCUGUAGGUUCUUCCAGAUCACCAAGUAGUCGGUAUGAUAAGACUCUACUCAAUUCCUCAUUGUGUAAUCCAGAUUGUAGUGGAUCGCCAUAUCGUCGAGGAUAA